UCACACCAACAUGAGCUCCACCGACCUUGACUAUCCACAGCAACUGUUUGACUAUAAGGAUGGAUUUUUGGUCUCAAAGACCAUGUUUACAGCAUGUGAGUUGGGAAUUUUUGACUUACUACAUGAUGUUGGUGAGCCCUUGUCAGCAGCGGCCAUUGCUUCUCAUUUGUGCACCAACGUAGAUGGAACAGACCGCUUACUCAGUGCUUGUGUUGGACUGAAGCUCUUAAAAGCAGAAAUGAAAAACAUGGAAGCUUAUUACUCUAACACAGAUGUUUCUGCAGUAUACCUGGUCAAAUCAAGUCCAAAGUCCCUAUACCACAUGAUGAUGUACUACUCCAACACCAUGUAUACAUGCUGGCAAUUCUUACCUCAAGCUGUAAGAGAAGGAAGAAGCCAGUAUGAAAGAGCUUUUGGAGUCUCUUCAAAGGAUAUUUUUGAAGCUUUAUACAGGUCAGAAGAGGAGAUGGUGACUUUCAUGCAUCAUAUGGACUCCAUAUGGAAUAUAUGUGGAAAGGAUGUAAUACAAGCCUUUGACCUUUCUGAGUUCCACACUGUCUGUGAUCUUGGAGGGUGCUCGGGAGCUCUUGCAAAACAGUUUCUAUCCACAUAUCAUGGAUCUACGGUCACUAUAAUGGACUUACCAAAAGUGGUACAAACAGCUAAGAAACAUUUCAUAACAGAUAAUGAUCCAAAAAUUGCUUUCCUUCAAGGAGAUUUUUUUAAUGAUGUCAUCCCUGAGGCAGACUUAUUUAUUAUGGCCAGGAUUAUCCAUGACUGGGUAGAAGAAAAAUGCCUGCAGCUGCUGAAAAAGAUUUACCAAUCCUGCAGACCUGGAGGUGCCUUGCUGCUAAUUGAAGUCCUCUUAAAUGAAGACAGAAGUGGCCCUCUGACUUCCCAGCUGUAUUCACUGAACAUGUUGGUACAGACAGAAGGCAAAGAGAGGAUGCCAUCUGAGUAUAGCAAGCUUCUCACAGAGUCUGGCUUCAGGGAUGUUCAAGUCAAAGCAACUGGAAAGAUAUAUGAUGCCAUAUUGGGAAGAAAAUAA